AAUGCCAGGACUAAGCUGUAGAUUCUACCAACAUAAAUUUCCAGAGGUGGAAGAUGUAGUGAUGGUCAAUGUUCGGUCCAUUGCUGAAAUGGGAGCCUAUGUCAGCCUGCUGGAGUACAACAACAUUGAAGGCAUGAUCCUUCUCAGUGAGCUGUCCAGAAGACGUAUCCGUUCCAUAAACAAACUCAUCCGCAUCGGCAGGAACGAAUGCGUCGUGGUCAUAAGAGUUGACAAAGAGAAAGGUUAUAUUGACUUGUCAAAAAGAAGAGUUUCUCCAGAGGAGGCAAUCAAAUGUGAAGACAAAUUCACAAAAUCAAAGACUGUUUACAGCAUCCUUCGCCAUGUUGCUGAAGUCCUGGAAUACACUAAGGAUGAGCAACUUGAGAGUCUCUUCCAGAGAACUGCCUGGGUGUUUGAUGACAAGUACAAGAGACCAGGAUAUGGUGCUUAUGAUGCAUUCAAGCAUGCAGUCUCAGACCCUGCAAUCCUGGAUAGCCUGGAUCUGACAGAGGAGGAGAGGCGUGUGUUGAUUGACAACAUUAACAGACGUCUGACACCGCAGGCUGUCAAAAUCCGGGCUGAUAUUGAGGUGGCCUGUUAUGGUUAUGAAGGCAUAGAUGCAGUGAAAGAAGCUUUGAGAGCAGGCUUGAACUGUUCCACAGAAAACAUGCCCAUUAAAAUUAAUCUGAUUGCCCCUCCUCGUUAUGUGAUGACUACUACAACACUGGAGAGAACUGAAGGACUGUCUGUUCUGAAUCAAGCCAUGGCUGUUAUUAAAGAAAAAAUUGAGGAGAAGAGAGGAGUCUUUAAUGUGCAGAUGGAGCCUAAGGUGGUUACUGACACAGAUGAAACUGAGCUUGCAAGGCAGUUGGAAAGACUGGAGAGGGAAAACGCUGAAGUGGAUGGGGAUGAUGAUGCCGAAGAAAUGGAAGCAAAAACUGAAGACUAAAUGCUCUGGGAUGUUUAGAAGAGAGACCAUAUGAAAAAUUAGAGACCCCAUUACAACACUCUGGACUAAAUGUUUCCAGUAUUGAAAACUUCAAAUGCAAAUACUUGAAGUGUUUUACUAGUCUAAAAAGACCAAAAUGUAAAGGCUCUUCUAAAUAACAGUUGAUGCAGCAAUUUACACCAAUCGAAUCUUUGGAAAAGGAAGGUGCCUAGUAAAAUUCCAGACACAGACCUGGCCAGAAGGAGGCUGCAACCCCGUGCUUAACAUUUUCAUACAAAAUACAUAACUCCUAGUUGGUGAUUACAGCUCAAUGCAUCUGUUAAUGAUCUUUCCUGAGAGCACCAAACAAUGUAUUUGAGCCAAUAUUCAAUAAAUUCCUGGGCUGUGUAAUGCCAAGAUUUUUUUUUCCCCCCCCUC